CAUGGUAUGUAACGAACGUUAGUGUGACGUGAGGGGGGUUGUCUCGAUCAGGGGUUCGCCCUGCCUUCUCCUACUUCGUAUCCUGGGCAUGGGAAGAGGUAAAUAGCAGUAAAAGGAAAGGAACUGGCGGUGCCCCGCUUCCCGCCAUCGCUCGAGCUCCGGUGCGUCCAAAUCUUCGCUGGUCUGCCCCCCCUCCUCAGGGCUGAAGUCCUCAUCGGAAUAGUACAUACCGAGCCCACCAAAUUUGUGUCCAGACACUUCACCGGAGCAGGCCUUCCAUUUUGUCAGGUACAAGGUAGGGGCUUGCGUAAAUCUUCACUGCCCCAGAGCUCAACCCCCCGCCACUCUCUCUUUGUGUACAGUACCUGGGUCUUCGACAAGACACCGACUGCUCGCCGACCAUGCCGCCAUUCCGCGCCGAGCACCUGGGCUCUCUCUUGCGGCCCCAGAGGCUGCUCGAAGUGCGAGAGGCCAUCCGUGAGAAGGGCCUCACGCCCGAGGAGGCUGGCCUCCCGGCCGUCGAGGAAGAAGCCGUCGCGCAAGUGGUCAAGCUGCAGCGGGACCUCGGCUUCAAGGCCGUCACCAGCGGCGAGUACAACCGCACCCGCUUUUGGGGCCUCAUGUGGGACGAAUUCGAGGGCACCGUCCGUCUGCAGGAUGCCGAGGCUCCGCUGUUCAGACUCUACCAUCCCGAUGUGGUCAGCCUGAUCGAGAAGGACCGCAAGGUCAUGCCGGGGGACUCGGUCAUUACUGGCUCGAAGCUCAGGCACAAUCCCGAGAAGUCGCAGUCCAACCUCCACGAGCUCCGCCUGGUGCAGAAGUUCCUACCCCAGAGCGAGUGGCCCAACCUGAAGCUCACCGUCAUCACACCAACCUGGUACCACAUGCGGUACAAGCAGGGCCGCGCCUACUCCAAGGACGCCUACGCGAACGAUGCCGAGUACUUCAAGGAUGUGGCCAAGGUCUACCAGGCUGAACUGGACCAGCUCUACAAGGCCGGCCUGAGGAAUGUCCAGUUCGAUGACCCUGGUCUGGCAUAUUUCUGCUCCGACAAAUUCCGCCAGGGGUGGGCCGAGGACCCGGACAACAUCGGCUCGGUCGAUGAUCUCCUCGACGCCUACAUCGAGCUGUACAACGACUGCAUCAGCAAGUUGCCCGCCGACUUCCACACCGGCGUCCACCUUUGCCGCGGAAACUUCAUCGGCGGCAGAUUCUUCAGCGAGGGCGGCUACGACGUCAUUGCCCAGAAGCUGUUCACCAAGCUCAAGGUCAACACGUUCUACCUCGAGUACGACACCGAGCGGGCCGGCGGGUUCGCUCCCCUCAAGUUCCUCCCUAAGGACAAGAACGUAGUCAUCGGGGCCAUCUCGACCAAGGUGCGGGAGCUGGAAGACAAGGAAGAAGUGAAGAGGAGGAUCUACCAGGCCGCCGACGUCGUGGCCGAGGGCAGCGGCCAGACGCGCGAGGAGGCCUUGAAGCGCAUCUCCAUCAGCCCGCAAUGCGGCUUCAGCACCCAUGAGAGCGGCUACCCGCUGAGCGAGGAAGACGAGAAGAAGAAGCUGGCGCUUGUCCGGCAGAUCGCCGAUGAGAUCUGGGGCGAGCCGUGAGAUUCGCAUAUGAGCUAGUAGCUGGGGAAUUGUUAUGGGAGAGGAUGGGGGGUACUCGUUUGUUCGUUCAACACCAAGGGCAGGAGGGAAUCUGGCACCGAGUUGAUGAAAACAAGCACGCGGGUCGGUCUUGGGAAUCAACUUCCAGAUCACUGGGACGGAUGCAGAGCUAAAAAUAAAAUUGGACAAAAUGAUGCGGAAAAACCGCAGAUUCCUAACUACUCUGUUCCCUCGAAUGCAUCCCCACGCACGAUCCCGUGGUAGUUAUGGUAUUGCAUCUGUGUCUCG